AUGUCUUUACCUUCAUUUUGUCUUGAUAAAGAUUCAGUUUUAAAAGACCCUCCAAAUGAUACAAAAUGGAGAAAUGGAAUUCCAAAUUAUACAAAAGCAAAUCUUCUCUUUGACAAAUAUAAAACAACAGAUCAUCAAUCUGGAUCUUUACCACUUAUUGUUCAAAAUCUUGUCAAAAACUGGGAAAAAGAAGUUAGUCAUAAAACUGAUCCUCGUCAAUGGACAACAGUUGAUUUGGAUAAUUAUCGUUUUUCUUGUAAUGGUCAACAAAAAUAUAGUGGAUGGGAAAUGGUUAAACAAGGUACUUAUAAUGCUCUGAUUGGUCAAACAAAUUAUUAUGAUUCAAAUUUAAUUUCAUUUGAUGAAUCACAUUUAGUUUUCAAAAGAUCUUUAGGUGAAGGUUUUGCUUGGGAAGUUUUAGAAGUGUUUUCUGAUUUACCAACAGUUACAUUUACAUGGAGACAUUUUGGAAGAAUGACAGAUUAUUUUUCAUGUACGGGAUUAUCUGGUUUAACUUAUAAAGCUGAUCCAACAAAUAAAAUGGUGAAAAUCUAUGGAAUGUGUAAAGCGACAUUGAAUGAAAAUUAUCAAUUACAAGAUUUACAAGUCUUUUAUGAUCCAAGUCAAUUAUUUAUUCAAUUAACAGAAAUUUGUCCAUAUGCACCUUUCAUGAAAUUAUCAAAUCAAAAUCAAAAUACAAAUUCAAAUCAAUUAAAUAAAAAAACAAAUCUUAAUGAAAAAAAUUUCGUUUCAAAUGAAAAAAGUUUUACAAAUCCUCAUUCAAAAUUAUGUACAAUCAGUUAA